AUGGGAAACACUGAGAAAAAGCAUAUUGUUUUUCAAAAAGACUCAGAAAGCCCUGUCUCAAGUAGUUCUUUCAGAAACCUAAGAAAAAAUGAAGAGGCCAAUAAAGCUGCAAUUGUGAAGAAAUCAAAGGAAUAUGCUCCAAAUGCAGAUGAAGAAUCAGAAAAUCAGCAAGAAAGCUCUGAUUCCUCUAAAUCUAACUCAAACUUACAAGGCACAGCAAAAUUUGACCAACCAAAGCGAGUUAGAAUAAUUCCAUCCGAGGAGAAGCCUAAAUUGUCAGAAACUGAAAAAAUGAUUUUUAGAAAAAAAUCAAGGGAAUUUGAAAAAUGAGAAUUCUCAGAGGCUGUAUAUUAUCUUUCCCUUAAAUAUAUAUUUUAAAUAAAUAAGGCUAUUUAAGGCAUUAUUUAAUGAAAUUAGCAUAAAAGCGCAAGCUAAACAUGUAGAUAUUAUAGAUCAACCAACUCAUAGAGAUACAAGUACCGACUUUCAAAAACAAUUGCAUGAAUUCGAAGCUAAUGAAUUCAACAUUGCAAAAAAACUUGCCAACGAACAAACUGAAAAAGCACCUCCAAAAACUGUCAAAGUUAUAGGGAGACAUAGACACUCUUUUUCAUCUAAUUUUGCAAAGAAAACAAAAGAGUUCGAAAAAGAAGAAUACACAAAUUCAAGAAGAGCAAGCAUAGCUAUUCAAGCAUUUGAUAAAAAUAUAGACCCAUUAGCGAUAUUAGCUCAAAGCAACUCAAAAUUAAACAUGAAUACUAAAAAGGUGUAA